CCCAAAAACCUUUGAAUAUCCACAAGUCAAAACACACUCAGAAAAGACAAUCACAAAGAGAGAAAAAUAUAUAAAAAACAUUAAAAUCUCUCUCUCCAAAAUCACGUGAUUUAUUUUCCCCAAAUUUGAAUUCGAAACUCUUUGAGAAUUUGAUUUUCUUUCUCCUAAUGAAUGGGAGGAAGCUACUGCUGCGCGAGAAAGGUGAGAGGAUAUGAUGAAUAUGAAGGAAAUAAAGUGGCUUGGAAUCAAGUUAAGCUUACAGAUUUUUUGCAAAGAGCUGAAGAUCUUGAAAGGCUUUACGGUGAAAUUCAUCCGCUGAAAACCUUAAAACAAAAGAAUAUUAUGAAGUUUUGCACUUCUUGGGUUGACAUUAUCUACAAGAACAUCAAUUUUGUCACUGCAAUGUUCACCUAUGGUACUCUCACACAAUAAAGGAGAGGAAGAGAGAGAUAAAUAUGGCGGAGGUGCAACAAAUGAAUUUAAAUCAUCCAGACCAAGGUCAUCCUGAUGCAUCAAAUUUAUACUCUCACAGGCCUCCACCUUGACCAAAAUAGUGGUCGGAGAAAAUGAGAACUAACUCCUUAAACAAAGCCUUUCGGAACUUCAUCCACACAGCGAAAACUCUUCGGCCGUUCAACAAGUUAUUCAACAAGGAAACAGAAGGACAUGCUCAACAAACUGGAUCAUAAGAUAUGCCUUUUUAAUAUUUCCUUUUACAAUUUUAGUUGCGUAUAAUCUCGCACGCAUUGCAUGCAUAUAAAACUAGUAUUAUAUAAUGUUAUUCUUGUAUACAAUAUGUAUUGUGUUGGGUAGAAGAGUUAAUGAAUUAACUUAUUUUUUAUAUACUUCCUCCGUUCUUAUUUUAUUGA